CAAACUCUCGACUUCCUCAUUUCAACUUUCAGAAACCAUAGUCAACCAGUUCAAGAAAACCAAUUUUACAUCAAUCCACGAUGUUUUCAAUCUCAAACUCUGAUUGUCUUCAGACAAUUCGCUACCAAGCCGAGCAAGCUUAUUCGAACUUUCAAGAUUGGUAUAGGAACCUCACACCAAUCGGUCGUCGACUAGUUGGUCUCUAUGCCAUCCUCAAUAUCCUUUUGAUCGGUACACUUCUCAUCGUUAGCCCUUCAAGAGUGUUCAGAGCACUGGCUAGCUGGGCUAUCGAACUGCGGAUGUCAUCACUUGGACCGAUCUACCUUAUCAUCUUACUCACGGUUUCGAGUUUUCCUCCUGUCAUCGGUUUUGGUACGCUUAGUACCCUCUGUGGCUUCACCUACGGUUGGUUCUGGGGCUGGAUAGUUGCCACCAUUGGCUGUCUUUCUGGAAGCGCCGUGAGCUUUCUUGUAUUACGUCGAAACUUGCCAAGGUUUCAACAGUGGCUUGCCAAACAGAAAAGCUUUGCUGCUCUUCGUCAAGCAGUCGGUCUCAAAGGUCUCCCAUUGAUAUGCCUGAUUAGGCUUUGUCCUUUCCCCUUCACAUACUCGAACCUAUUCUUUGCUUCCCUUACCACCUCUUGCACACUCACCCAAUUUCUCAUCGGAACUCUAGCUACUGCGCCCAAGCUACUUCUCCACGUUUUCAUUGGUUCAAGAGUUUUUCAACUUUCAUCCGCACCAGGACUGGACCGCCUUACAAUUAUUCUCAACAUUAUUUAUAUCAUUUGCUCAGCCAUUCUCGGUGGCUCUGUGUCAUUAUAUCUAUAUAAAGCUACCAUGGCUCAAGCUGGUGCCAUCAGUCUUGAAGACGAUUCGCGAGGACCUUUGCUUCCGAAUGAAGAAGCCGGCGUACCUCCACAAUGGCAAGUCGAAUUUGAAGAGUUUGUGGUAGAUGAGGAUGAUGAAGAUCUCAAUGACCCUCCAACUACCCCUCUUGCACGACAAGGCUCAUAAAUUCAAAUAUCUCACCUAUCUUACCUCGGAGACACCUGAAAACCUAAAAUCUCAUGUAAUCGCCUCGCCCUGUUUUUACCAACACAAGAACUAAAGCUAUCUGAUUCCUUUCUUUUGUGUCUUAUCUUCUUUUUGUACAAGUUCCAAAAUACUGACACAUCCACUUAAAAUGUCUUUCGAGGAUGCUUAACACAGAUUUGUUUUGUUUUAUUUUGAAUUUGAACAGUGUAUAAAAUUGACUUGUUUUCAAGACCUACAUGAUUUAUUUGGCUUGCUAGCAUAGAUUGCUUAAGAUUGUUGUACCUAAAAAAAGAUUCAUUCUUUACUUCAAUACCUAGAACCCAGUAUGUGCCUAUAAUAGACCUUUGAUGUGUAAGAUCUUGU